AUGGCGCGGCACAUGCUACAGACAGACAGAUACAGAGGUCCAAUGUCGUCAAUGUCGGCAACAGCAUCAGCUACAGCAGGCGGCAGCACGCCACGCCCAGCCCUUCCCCUCGCUCAGGCAGUGGCCCUGGCCCUGGCGCUGGCGCUCUCGCCGUCGCCGACGCUGGCCGGGUUCAGCUUUGGCCUGGGCGCCCGGCAGGUGGUGUUCAACUUCAGCGACUCCAACUCCGACACGGGCGAUAUGGCGGCGGCCAAGGCGUGGCGCAUCGCGCAGCCGGAGGGCCGCGCCUUGUUCCACCGCCCCACCGACCGCUUCUACGACGGCCGACUCAUCAUUGACUUCCUGUGA